AAAAUGCGUUGGUAGGAGUCCAAAUUUUCCUAUUUUAAAUUAGUGAGAAGUGAACACGUUUUCUAGGUGGGCUUUACUUAGCUGUCCAAGAUGAUACCAGAAGUUGUUACUGUUGAUGUGAGCCAAGCCAAAACUCUCCUCCAGUCCGACCAUCAAUAUCUUGAUGUUAGGACCGAGGAAGAGUUCAGGAGAGGCCAUUGUGUGGCACCUAAGAUCCUCAACGUUCCCUACAUGCUCAACACACCUCAAGGGAGAGUGAAGAAUCCAAAUUUUUUGGAUCAAGUAUCUUCUCUUCUCAGCCCAACUGAUGAUAUCCUUGUGGGUUGUCAGAGUGGAGCCAGAUCCUUAAAUGCCACAAGUGAGCUUGUUGCUGCAGGUUACAAGAAAGUGAGAAACGUAGGAGGUGGGUACUUGGCUUGGGUGAAUCAGAGCUUUCCCAUCAACAAGGAGCAGCAGCAAUCUACAAACUAAUCAUUCUCUUUUAUUAAAAUAAAAGAAAGUAUAAUGCAAGAUGUGAUGUAAUAAAAUGUAUCGCCUAUUUAGAAUGUUAAGUGUGUUGCUGAGUCAUCAAAUAAAAGUUGUGUUAAUUAUGAGUAACACAGGGAUUAAUUAAUAAAUACAGUCUUUUUAUUAAACU